CCCUCCCCCGGCCCUGCCCAGCCCGCCCAGCCCGGUCGUGCCGUCGGUCGGUCGCUCCGGCCCGGCUGCGGGAGGAUGAAGUUCGUGUACAAGGAGGAGCACCCGUUCGAGAAGCGCCGCUCCGAGGGCGAGAAGAUCCGCAAGAAGUACCCGGACCGCGUCCCGGUGAUCGUGGAGAAGGCGCCCAAGGCCCGCAUCGGAGACCUGGACAAGAAGAAGUACCUGGUGCCUUCCGACCUCACAGUCGGGCAGUUCUACUUCUUGAUCCGGAAGCGGAUCCACCUCCGAGCCGAGGACGCCCUGUUCUUCUUCGUCAACAACGUCAUUCCGCCCACCAGCGCCACGAUGGGCCAGCUCUACCAGGAACACCACGAAGAAGACUUCUUCCUGUACAUCGCCUACAGCGAUGAGAGUGUCUACGGCCUGUGAAGCUGCUGCCCCGAGGUGGGGAUGGGGGUCCACUCCGAAGAGGCGGGCCCC